UGUGUAGAGUCUGAAGUGGCUUCUGCAGGCUGAGCCCUUUGUGACGAAGACACUCCAGCAGGCGCCAGCUGCAGCUGAGGUCUGCCGCUUCAUUUUCCAAGGCUUUGUUCUCCAAGACACCGUAACUCCAUUUUAAGCUUUAGCGGUGAAACUUGUUUUGCAUCAACCAUCAAGCUUUGGUGCAUUUGGAGGCAUAGUUUGGAUGCACUUGGACAAAGGCCAGAAUUCGACCAAGCCUUUAUUUGCGCUUUAUCAAGACAUCUGUCUUUUUGUUUUGUUUACCUUCUGUGGAACCUCUUUGCUCAUGGGACUGUAUCAGUUGUUUUUGCCUUCCAGCGAUGGCGUACAUCUUCAGCGAUGACCCUUGAUCGAGUAUCAGGUUCUAUUGGCAUGACCCAUCUAGGUAAAGCCACACCAAACCUGUGGGGUAAUAGACACUUUUCAUGUAAUCAGCUCCACGCUUGGGUUAGUGUGAGGUUACAGGGCCAGAACUGCUGACAUCCAAUUGUACCCUACGCACAAACCCACUGGGUCUGAUGGUGACGUCUCUGAAGCUCAAUCAAUCCAAAAUAGGGGAGCUGCCACAAGUGGCUGCACAGUCAUUGGUUCUUAAAUAAUGAAUCAUUUCAAUAGAUAAAGAGGGAGGAAAGCAAUGGAGUCUUCUCUCCCUCUGCCAUCACCUGUCACUCCGAUCACUGGGGGGGAAAAACCUCGAGUUAAAAAAUAAAAGCUACAUUGAAGACAUCUGACCAGAUGUUGAAAAGAAACGGAGACAUAAGAAGCUUGAGAAAGGAAAGUAAUUUCAGAAAAGGACAGUGAGUGACUCAAAUUCAGGAUUGUGAAAGGCCCAGACAGAGCAGGCAGGUAUAGCAAAGUAGUGGGCCUUGAAGUGAGAAAGAAGACGGACCAGGGUAAAGGUCCGUUUCAGGUGGUCAGAAGACAUCGAGAGCAGCCAUCAUGGUCAACACAGGCAUGCAAUUGAUCAGCUUCACCUGUGCGGUAACAGGUUGGGUCAUGGCCAUCGCUGUGACGGCCUUGCCUCAGUGGAAGGUGUCCGCCUUCAUUGGCAGCAACAUCCUCACCUCCGAGAUCAAGUGGGAGGGCAUCUGGAUGAACUGCAUCUACCAGGCCACGGGCCACAUGCAGUGCAAGACCUACGACUCCAUUCUGGCUCUGCCCCCGGACCUCCAGGCAGCUCGUGCCCUCAUGUGUGUGGCAAUUUUCCUGGGCUGGCUGUCCUGCACUGUGUCCUGCUGUGGAAUGAAAUGCACCACGUGCGCUGGUGACGACCGCCGCGCCAAGGCAGGCAUCGCCCUCUCCGGCGGCGUGCUAUUCAUCCUGACGGGCCUGUGUGUGCUGGUGCCAGUCUCCUGGACCGCCAACACGGUGGUCCAGGACUUCUACAACCCCAAAGUUCCUGUCAUGUACAAGCGAGAGCUGGGCCAGGCGAUCUACCUGGGCUGGGCAUCUGCGGUUAUUCUGAUGAUCAGCGGGGCCGUGCUGAGCAGCACCUGCCCCCAUAUCGAGAGCGGAGGAGGGGAGUACCGCCGGGGGUACAUGGGCCGGCGCUUUCCUAACACGCGCCCCUCCCCCCUCGCAACUGAUCUUCCGAAACCGAUCACCUCCAACAGCGUGCCCCUAAAGGAAUACGUGUAGUCCAGAGAAAAGAUGUGAAGAAGAAUGUCAACAGGGUUGGAGUAUGGGAAGGCGCAAGGUUGAGAACGAGAAGAGGAAGUAGAAGGCUGGAGAAGGAAAAACUGUGACUGACUGUAGUGGAGGUGAGGUGUUGUGACUUGGAAGGUUUUUGAAGAUGUGACGCAUUAGAUUUGAAACUCUGCAGUUCUCUCGCGUUCUUCUACCGUGAAGCAGUUUGAUGUACUGUAAAUAUUUCAAAUGUAUUUUGUCACGGCCCAAUUUUAUAUAUAUAUAUAUAUAUAUAUAUA